CCACCCUCCCUCCCACCUCAAACGCCGAUCAGUACCUGUGUCGCUGCCGCCGCGUACUGUGUGUGUCACCUGUCUAUUAGCUUGUCUUGUCGAUCUCCGGCCGUCUCCCUCACAGGCCGUGAACCUUUUGCCGCUUGCCCGCGCGCGCAUGGCGCUGGAGGCCGUCGAGUUCUCGCAAGGCCACUUCGGCUACGGCCAGGCUCCGGGGCUCGGGCCCUGGUGCGACAUGGUAGGCGCCGGCGGGUUCUUUGAGGACUGCUGGGAUCAGCAGCUUUUGGCCGCCCCCGUGGCGCCCAAUGCGGAGGAUCAGUGGGAGCCGGUCUCCAGCUGGGACCAGUCUGAGGCGUCCUCGGAGGGCAAGGCGGCGGCGCCGGAGCCGGCCAUGGCAGCGGCGGCGACGGGGAGGAGGAAGCGGAGGCGCACCAAGAUCGUCAAGAACAAGGAGGAGGUGGAGAGCCAGCGGAGGACCCACAUUGCCGUGGAGCGCAACCGCCGCCGCCAGAUGAACGAGUACCUCGCCGCGCUCCGCUCACUCAUGCCACAAUCCUACGCUCAAAGGGGCGACCAAGCAUCCAUCGUUGGUGGGGCAAUCAACUACGUGAAGGAGCUGGAGCAGCUCCUCCAAUCGCUCGAAGUCCAAAAAAGCGUCAAGAACCGCACCGGCCGGUCCCCGUUCGCCAGCUCCUUCACCUUCCCACAGUACUCCACCUCGUGUAAUGCCACGCAGGCCACCGCCAGCGACGGCGGCUCCGGUGCCGAUUCGAGCGGCGACAAGAGCGAGGCGGGCGUGGCCGACAUCGAGGUGACCAUGGUGGAAGGCCACGCGAGCCUCAAGGUGCUGUCCCGGCGGCGGCCGAAGCAGCUCCUGAGGCUUGUCGCCGGGCUGCAGCAGCUGCGCAUCCCGCCGCUCCAUCUCAACGUGACCACCGUCGACGCCAUGGUCCUGUAUUCCUUCAGCCUUAAGGUGGAGGAUGGCUCCAAGCUGGGCUCUGUGGAAGAUAUUGCGGCCGCUGUGCAUGAGAUCCUGGCCAGGAUACAGCGGGAGGAGGAGGAGGCCGGUCGACUCAGCAGCUCGAGCUGAUGCUGAUGGCUGAUCGAUGCCAAGGAGGAGACCGUCGUCGUGCAAGCCUGUGACGCGCGCACUGCUCCCUGCAUCUGUGCAUGUCGUGUACCUGCCGCGUCCUGGAAAAUGGAAUCCAUUCUAGCUUUGUACGUGAAACUGUGAAUGCGACCGCUGUACCCUGCAUCCAACCUUGCCCAGUCCAGAGCAAUGGCGAAAAAAACUAGGACAAGAUAACUAGCUCUACAUCAAAACUGGCGCCCUGCAUGUUUGGCUCUGAACUGAACACGUCCUUUUUGGAGUG